AUGUGGCGUCUCUUUGGCGGCGUGAAGCAUCUCGCCGUCUCGUGGAUCGGGACGUCGUUUGACUGCAGUGCUGCUGCCACAGUGGGCCACACGACUGCGCAGCGGUGGCAGUCGCAGAGUUCUCGCGGUCAGCCGGGGCUUCACUGGGACGAGGGCGUGGUCGACCCGCGCUACUCGUCCGAGGGCAACAUGCGGAAGUUUAACCCCGACACGGUGGCCCACUACGUCAAGGCGACGAUCCAAAACGAUCGACGGGAGAUGGGCCUUGGGGAGGUGUACGACUGGAAUGAAUUUGCGAAGGACGCCGUGUACAUUCCGACGCGGUCGGGGCCGUUGUGGGUCGGCAGCGACGACCCCCGCUGCGCCAAGUUUAUGCGCCGUCGCGAAAAAAUGAAGAAGACACCGCAGCAAAAGGCACGGCCAAAGCCGGGGCCUGACCCCGCCAAACAACUCGAGGAUCACGUACUGCGGGAGUUCUUUACUACGGCGACUAACCUGCGUGAUCCACUCAGCACGGCGAAUAACCUGCACCGUGCGGGACUCAUCCGGGAGUACGAUAUCAAGCAUGUGGCGGCGAAAAUAAAGUACGUGCCACGUCCACCGGUUGUCUCAAUUAUGGGCCACGUUGAUCACGGCAAGACGACGUUGCUGGAUUACCUGCGCCACACGAAUGUGGCCUCUGAGGAGGCGGGUGGCAUCACGCAGAAUGUUGGCGCCUUUCAAGUAAAGACGUCGGAGAGCCAUGUGGUGACCUUUAUCGAUACACCGGGCCAUGCCGCCUUUACCGCGAUGCGGGAGGUGGGUGUGGCGGCCAACGAUCUUAUUAUCCUUGUCGUCUCUGCCGUUGACGGGGUGCAGCCACAGACGAAAGAGGUCAUUGAGCUCGCCCGCCACGCCGGUAUUCCGCUUGUAGUGGCGUGCACAAAGAUUGAUCGACAGCCGAAGGUGGAAGCCGUCAAGCAGCAGUUACGUGACUGUGGCCUAGAGCUGGAGGAGGAUGGUGGGGACACGCAGUUCGUUGCCGUGUGUGGGCGAGAUGGCACCGGCGUUCCAGAACUUUUGGAGGCAGUCUCCUUGCAAGCGGAGCUGUGCGAGAUUAGUACCCCGGACCCCUCAAGAUGUGAGGUGACCGUCAUUGAGUCAAGUGGUACUAGCGCGACAAAUGAAGUGGCAGGCAUCGUGCGUUGUGGAAAAUUGAGACCGGGGCAAGUGUUGGUGUCGGGCAUGACCUACGCGAUCGUGCGAAAAGUUAUGGAUGAGCGUGGAAAUGCCGUGCAAGAGGCUGGACCCUCCACGCCAGUUGUUAUACAUGGCUUUCGCGUUCAUCCAAAGCCGGGUGCUGUGCUAAUGCAGGUGAGCAGCGAGUCUCAUGCACAGAAGUAUUAUCUUUUUAUGAAGGAUGUGUACAAGACGGAAGGUCGACGUGAGGAUUAUUUACAGCUGCUGAACCAAGAACAACAUGGAAUGAUUUAUGCCCGUAAGCCAGACAACAAUAUGGUGCGCACAUACAGUACCAAGGCCUUUGUGCUGUCUUGCAAGGCGGCAACCUUUGGCAUGCUACAGGCUCUUAUGAAGACACUGUACGAAUUGCCUCGAUUGGAUGGCAUCUCCAUGGAGAUUAAGGUAACCGAGGUGGGUGGCCUAAAGGAUUACGACAUCGCCCUCAUUGGCAGUUCGGGGCAGCCCGGCUGCAUUCUCCUCUACGGGGAGAGCAAGGAUACAAACACACUGGAUGUUCCCAAUCACGUCAAGGUGAUCCGUUUCAGUGUGCUAUAUCAUGGAAUCGAUGCACUAAAGGAAACAUUCGUUGAGGCACUGCCUAAAAUCACCAAGACGCGUGUCACGGCGGAGGCGGAGUGUCUGCAAGUCUUUCGUGCGUCACAGGCGGGGAAAAAUGGCAAUGCCGCCGGGGUACGAGUGACAAAAGGCACCGUCAUUGGAUCGCAUCCCUUGUUUCGUGUCUUGCGCAAGACUUCGCAAAGUAAACGCAUGGGAGGCGGCAGCAGCCCCAAGAGGAAUGGCAGCGAAGACGAAGACCCGGAGGCUUCUCUUGUGAUUGUGUACGAGGGUCAAAUAAAAGAGCUGCGCCGUUUCAAGGAAAUUGUGCCUUCUGUUGAGAUGGGUCUGGAAUGUGGGGUCAUUCUUCAUGAUGAAUUUCAGUUUAGGUUGGGGGAUAUUCUUCAACAGUGCGAGAUCUAUGAGGAGCCGCGUGAUGUGGCUGAGGAGUACGAGGCGGCGGAACUUCGCGAGAAAAUUAUGCGGGAUAAGGCCGCAAUGCAGGCACAAAUGGAGGAGCACAAUGCGCAGGGAGAGAGCAGCAGCGCUGAUUCCGUGUAG